AGUUCCUGGAUACUGAACGUUGAGAUGGGCAGUUGUGUUUCGGGGGACUGCGCAGUCAAAACGGCAAAGAGAGUGAUUUAUUUGGGCUUCAGUAAAUGCUGCAUCUUGUAUUUCAAAGAGUUUCCUGUCAUGACCUCAUAAAAAAGAGGAGGCGGCUUGUAUGUGUAGCGGUGCCUGGCGUGUUGAGUUGUUGCUUCCUUCUCUGGGCAGCAGCUCUGGAAGAAGGAAUGUCAGCUUUUACAUAACGUUCCUUUCCGCUUUUGACACACUGUGUGAGGGUCCAUCUUCUUCUGAUCACAGAUGGAGUGGAAUGGCUUGAAGAUGAUAAUUAGCACCAUGGAGCCACAGGUGUCAAAUGGCCCGACAUCCAAUACGAGCAAUGGACCGUCCAGCAACAAUAGAAACUGUCCUUCUCCCAUGCAGACGGGGGCAGCCACAGACGACAGCAAAACCAACCUCAUAGUCAACUAUCUACCCCAGAACAUGACCCAGGAGGAAUUCAGGAGUCUCUUUGGAAGCAUUGGUGAAAUAGAAUCCUGCAAACUCGUGAGAGACAAAAUUACAGGACAGAGUUUAGGGUAUGGAUUCGUUAACUAUAUUGACCCAAAGGAUGCAGAGAAAGCCAUCAACACUUUAAAUGGACUCAGACUCCAGACCAAAACUAUAAAGGUCUCAUAUGCCCGUCCGAGCUCUGCCUCAAUCAGGGAUGCUAACCUCUACGUUAGCGGCCUUCCCAAAACCAUGACCCAGAAGGAACUGGAGCAGCUUUUCUCGCAAUAUGGCCGUAUCAUCACCUCUCGAAUCCUGGUUGAUCAAGUCACAGGAGUGUCCAGAGGGGUGGGAUUCAUCCGGUUUGAUAAGAGAAUCGAGGCAGAAGAAGCCAUCAAAGGGCUGAAUGGCCAGAAGCCCAGCGGUGCUACGGAACCGAUUACUGUGAAGUUUGCCAACAACCCCAGCCAGAAGUCCAGCCAGGCCCUGCUGUCCCAGCUCUACCAGUCCCCCAACCGGCGCUACCCUGGCCCGCUUCAUCACCAGGCCCAGAGGUUCAGGCUGGACAAUUUGCUUAAUAUGGCCUAUGGCGUAAAGAGACUGAUGUCUGGACCAGUCCCCCCUUCUGCCUGUCCCCCCAGGUUCUCCCCAAUCACCAUUGACGGGAUGACGAGCCUUGUGGGAAUGAACAUCCCUGGUCAUACGGGGACGGGCUGGUGCAUCUUUGUCUACAACCUGUCCCCUGAUUCCGACGAGAGUGUCCUCUGGCAGCUCUUUGGCCCCUUCGGCGCAGUGAACAACGUCAAGGUCAUCCGCGACUUCAACACCAACAAGUGCAAGGGAUUCGGCUUUGUCACCAUGACCAACUAUGACGAGGCGGCCAUGGCCAUUGCCAGCCUCAACGGGUACCGCCUAGGAGACCGAGUGUUGCAAGUUUCCUUUAAAACCAACAAAGCCCACAAGUCCUGAAUUUCCCAUCCUUACUUAUUAAAAUAUAUAUAUAAAUAUAUACGAACAAAACACACACGUGCACACACACACACAUACACACACAUACACACGCACACACACAAAAGAGAGAGAAACAAACUUUUCGAGGCUUAUAUUCAACCAUGGACUUUAUAAGCCAGUGUUGCCUAAGUAUUAAAACAUUGGAUUAUCCUGAGGUGUACCAGGAAAGGAUUUUAUAAUGCUUAGAAAAAAAGAAAAAAAAUACAAAAAAAUACCUUUGAUGCAUUGAAUGUUCUUUCAUAGCUGUCGUUGUUGAAUAUAAUAUACAUAGAUAGCGAUGUGCAGGGAUUUUAACCCAGCCAGCUAACUUUACUACCUUCCUUGAAGGUGGGUCUUUUUAAGAUGACCAUUCGCUCAUUUGAAGAAGAAAAACAAAAAACAAAAAAAAAAAUAAUAAUAAAAAUAAAACAAUUUUUACAAAGUAAUGGGAUUCAAAGAAAGAAAAAAAAAGAUUUUUCUUUUUUGUCAAAAAAGUUGAUCCAAUCAGAUUGGUAAAAAACCCCCACACAAAUUAAAGAGGAAUAAUAAAAAUUGCAAAAAUGAAAAAAAAAAACUUUUGCAAAUUUUUUUAUUUUUCCUUUUUUCUUUUAUAUCAUGUGAACUAAAAACAGUCUUCUGUUAGGGGAUGGGGGCAAGGGGGAUACCUGAUGACAUUAACAAUUUAAUAACAUUAACAUUGUUGCCAAAGAGGUGGUCUCUUUGCUGAAAAUGGGUUUCAAGAAAAAUCUAUUUUUAUAAAAUAUAAAGAAUUUUUACAAGAGAAUCUGGAUUUGAGAAAAAAAUAUUUUGACUGGCUAAUUUAGGGGAAAUUGACAACUUUGUUGCGUUCAUACUGCACUGGUAACUUUUUAGAGAUCAAGAUGUGUGUUUUAAACUGGAUUCGUAGACUGUUUUUUGAAGGAUGGGCUAUAAACAGAUGAUCUUCAUAUCUUUUCAUAGCAUGUAAUAAUAAUAAAAAAAAAACAAUUAUUAAUUACUAGGGGAAAGGAGUGUUCGUUCUACCCAGGGUACCACAAGUUCCCCACAGUCAAAACCCAAAAGCAAGGAGAUGAGUUGAAAGACAGUUUUUCUUUAAGUCAUCAGUAUGGGAUGUCAGCAGAACAAAAACUAAAAAGAUUAAUUUUCCUUUUGAUCUAAAACUUCCUUAGUUUGAGCAGUAGGUGCUAUGAAAUUAUUUACAUAUCUUAGUAUCAUAGUUAAAUGUAAUGUGUUUAGGAGAGGAAAACAAAAGAUACAUUUGCUUUAAAUUCAUUAAGGAAUUUUCAAAUUCACUUUGUAGCCCAUGCUGAUAGAAUUGGGCUGUGUUGGUACAUUUGAAACACUGUUUAUGUUGCUUGAAACACUUAUUUAUUUAAUCGCCGAUGUGAUGAUGCCUAUGGCCGAGAUCAAAUAUAGCUAGAUUGGCUAGACUACUUAUUUGUUUACUUAAACUAUGGGAAGAAGCAUAUUAUUGUGUCAUUCUGUUGUGUGUGUAUGUGUAUAUACAAUAUAAAUAUAUAUAUAUAAAGUUAUUUUUUCUUUGGGUUAAUUUAUUAUAAGUUGUAACACUUGGCUAGUUUUGUUUGUAUAUGUCUUAAAAUGUUUUCUUAUGAUAUUUAAGUGACAGUUAAAGAGGUAUCAAGGUAACUUGUGUAGAACUAUUGUUUGAUAUAUUGUCAUGUUUGUUGUGAAUAUUUUUUCUUACUGCACAGUAGAAAAAUAAAAACAACUGGGUCUUUAUUUUAACGUAAUUCAGACUGGGGAAAACAAAACAGAGCUAAGGGAACAAAAUGACUGAGGGAGCAUUCUCCCACGUCCAGUGCACUGAUCAUUUUAGUAUGUUUGUGCUUUGUACGGUUAUAUAUUUAAAACAAAAACAAAACAAAAAAAUACAAGGGUUCAUGCUCUUCCCUGGGUAAUAGAAACAGUUACUCGCUAUGCAUAAUCUAGUUGAUAGUUAAAUUUGCUAUUGCUUUUCUUGUCUUGUUAUAUAAAAUCUUUUCAAUACAAGUUUAGUCUUAAUGGUAAUAAAACGUUAUGGUUAUUUAUAA